UGGCGGUACUGGCGAGUCCGGUGUUCCCCGCCGUGGAGCUGGGUCCCUGCUCAGUGCGGAGCUGCCGGCUCCCGGGCGCCGGAGCCCCGCUGCUCUUCGCAGUAGGUUAGAGCCCAGCUCGUCUCGCCCUGUCCGUCUCUUCCCGGACCAGGACUGCCAGGAGCGGAGUUGGAGAUGAUCGCGUACAUGGAUCAGAAGGAGGCACGGCGGUUCUGCCACCUGCGCGCCGGCGGCGGGGAGAGCGCUGUGAGCCGCACCUGCGCAGCUGAAGAUGGGAUGGUGACCCAGAAGGAGGAAAAUGCCCACCAAGGCAUCCCUGGGCCAGCAGAGCCUGAAGGUUUACUCUCAGGUUUCUCCAAGAGUUAUUCCCAGAGUCCUGCACAGGACCCAGUCCUCCCACACAGGUCAGAAAGGGUUCAGAGACCUCUGGGGAAGAGGCAAAGCCAAGUGACGCUACGUGGAAAAAGUUUCAGGAGGCUGUCAGAUACUAUCCAGCAGAGAAGUUCUGUGAGGAAACUGAUGAUAUGUGGGGACUGUGGGAAGAGCUUCCAGGUGAGCUCCAACCUGGUCCAGCAUCAGAGAAUCCACACUGGAGAGAAACCCUUUGCCUGCACCGAGUGUGGGGACAGUUUCCGUCAGCGCUCGCAUCUCAUCCAGCACCAGAGAAUCCACACGGGGGAGAGGCCCUACAAGUGCUCUGAGUGUGGAAAGGGCUUCAGCAUGAGCUCAAAGCUGAUCCGGCACCAGGUGACCCACACUGGGGAGAAGCCCUACAAGUGUGCUGAGUGUGGGAAGAGCUUCUCUGGGAACUCGCAGCUUGUCCAGCACCAGCGAGUGCACACUGGGGAGAAGCCUUACGUGUGCAGCACCUGCGGGAGGAGCUUCAGCGUCAGCUCAGCCCUGAGGCGACACCAGCGCGUCCACACCGGGGAGAAACCCUACAAGUGCACAGAAUGUGGGAAGACUUUCAGCCAGAGCUCUGAGCUUAUGAAGCACCAGCGAGUCCACACCGGGGAGAAGCCAUAUGAGUGCUCCGAGUGCGGGAAGAGCUUUACCGUGAGUUCAGCCCUCAUCCAGCACCGGCGGUUCCACAUGGGUGAGCGUCCCUAUAGGUGCACCGAGUGUGGGAAGGCUUUCACCGUGAGCUCCCACCUCAUCCAACACUGCCGCUUCCACACGGAGGAGCGACCCUUUGCGUGCACCGAGUGCGGUAAGAGCUUCCUGUGGAGAUCAGCCCUGCUCCGGCAUCACCGGGUGCACAGCGGGGAGAGGCCCUACGCCUGCGCUGACUGCGGGGACAGCUUUCGGCAGAGCGCUCACCUUACCCAGCACCGCCGCAUCCAUACCGGGGAGCGGCCCUACGCCUGUAGCCACUGCGGCAGGGGCUUCACCGUCAGCUCAGCGCUCCUCCGGCACCAGCAGAUCCACAGGGGUGGGAAGCCCUAG